AUGGAACAAACUGAAGGUACAAGUAAUGUGCAAGUUUUUUGCAGAUUUCGUCCCUUCAACGAAAAAGAAAUGAAUCUCCCAAGUCGCAAGUUUAUCGAUAUAUCGCCAGACGCAAAAACAGUCACAGUGCAGCCAUAUUUAGAAGUUACAGACAAAGUUAAAUACAAUUUCGAUUAUGUAUUCGACCCGUCAGCAUCCCAGUCCAUGGUUUAUGAGAGGGCAGCCAAACAUAUUGUGGAGUCCGUAAUGCAAGGCUUCAAUGGGACUAUUUUUACUUAUGGGCAAACGUCUUCGGGGAAGACAUUUACAAUGAGUGGGGUAGAUUUAGACGACCCUGAGCUCAUGGGAAUUAUUCCAAGAAUGGUAUCAACAGUUUUUAGUAUUAUAGAAAAUUCAGAUGAGCAUUCAGAAUUCACUGUGAGGGUUUCUUAUUGCGAAAUUUAUAUGGAGAAAAUUAGAGAUCUCAUGAUGAAUACGAAAGAAAAUCUUAAAAUUAGAGAGAAUAAAGCGAGAGGAGUGUAUAUAGAAGGACUCACAGAAAUUUGUACAUCAUCAGGCCAAGAAAUUUUUGAAAUUUUGAAAAUCGGGAAUUUCAACAGGUCUACAGAGUUCACAAGGAUGAAUAAAGAGUCAUCGAGGUCGCAUUCUUUAUUCUCAAUAACUGUCACACAAUCUAACUCAAUGGAUUUCUCCACAAAGGUUGGGAAACUGCAUUUGAUUGAUCUUGCAGGCUCAGAAAAGGUCGGUAAAACUGGAGCUGAAGGUACAAGGCUUGAAGAAGCUAAAAAGAUCAACACCUCUUUAACUGCGCUAGGAAUUGUAAUUACAGCUCUUUCGGAGAAGAAAAGCUAUGUCCCUUUUAGAGACUCAAAGCUUACAAGGAUCCUGGAAAAUUCUUUAGGAGGGAACUCUAAGUCUCUCUUUUUAAUAGGAACAAAAAUAGGGUUAUUUUCGUUUUGAAAUAUAAAAUUUUUAUUUUUAUUUUUAAAAUAUAUUUUAUAUAAAAAUUUGUAUUUUCACUAUAAAAAUAAAAAAAAAUUUGUUCCACAUUAAAGAGGAUUAGUUUUUUCAAAAAUUGAAAUCUUUUCAAUAUUUUAUUCCAAUAUUAAAGGGUAAGACUUCUUUAAUAAUAACGUGUUCUCCUUCACAAUUUAACGAAGAAGAAACUAUAUCAACCCUUAGAUUCGGAAUUCGAGCAAAAAUGAUAAAAAACACUCCAAAAAUUAACAAAGAAUUUACAAUAGGAGAGCUAAAGCUUCUUCUUGCAAGUGCAAAAGAAGAAAUUAAGCAGAAAGACAUUAAAAUCAAGCAUCUUGAAGAUGAAAUGAGUAAAAAAGGCACAGAAGUAAUUAAUAUUCCAAAUAUAGACCCAACUGACAAUAUUUUUGGAGACGAGGAUCUAUUUCAACCUGAAUAUAUGGAAAUAGUCCAAGAGCUAGAAAUGAUAAGGCAAAAACUGACUGAAGAAAUGGAGAGCCAAAGGAGCUUGAAAGAGCAGCUAGACCAUAUGAAAUUCGAUAACUUUGAGCUAAGAAAAGAAUGUGACAAUUUAAUAAAAUAUACCCAACAGCUAUACAACGAAAAAAAGCAACUAGCUGAAGAAAUAAGUGAUUUAGAAGAAAAAAUAAAAGACAGAGAAGAGCAAUUAGACAAACUUUUAGCAGAAAAAGACUAGUUAAUUUAGAGCAUUAUCGAGUAGUUCCCAGCCAGCCAUUUUAGCUUUUCACGUCCCUUUCUUCGCUCCACCCUCUUGCUUGCCAGUCCGAUUGCACGGCCUAAAGGCAUGCUUUGCUCCCUCCGGACAAGGGCAUACACUCGCCACCUUGAGUUAAAGACGCUGAGUCACCCUGCUGUACGUCAACGAGGUUGCUCUUUUCCAUAAAUUUAAAAAGUUAAUAAUCUCAGGCAGGAUGAAACUACAGCCUAGAGAGCAGCUCCUGGUAUAGCCCAAGCACGUUAUGGCUCGGGCUCCCAACGAGAAAGAGUAGCUAGUCUCACCAAAUAAUGUUAGUUUGGCCAACUCCCCAAAUGGCAGAAACUCUGCAUCAUGUGGUUCUGUCACUUGGGGAGUGCCAAGACAACAUAAUUAGUUCGACCAGCUACUCUUUCCUUUCUGGAAGGAUCGGGAAACCCGAGCCAUAAAAGGUGCUCGGGCUAUAUCACUCUGGGAAAUUGCUGAUUAGCAAAGAGAACGCUCUCUGGCUUUGCUGGGCUACCCAUUUCCAACUUCCAAGUUCAAUAGUCCAUCGAGGUAAAAACUUUCCUCAGAACUGAAUCUGAGGUCGGUAAGCCCGACAUUGCCCUCCACCAGAUCAAGUAAAACCCAGCCAAACACUCUUAUCGCGCACUGCUUCCCUUUCACAAUUUCCCCAGACUCCUGCCAUACUGCAGGUGUUAGAAGGCAGGCUGGUUCUCCACACUUUUUUCUAGCAUUGUCGGAAAAAGACACUUAUGGAGGUGAUUUAUCAGCUAAUAGCCUAGAUAGACUAAAGUUGGAGCAGCAGCUAGUAGAAAGAGAUGUAGAGAUUGAGAUGCUAAUUCCUCCUUAAUCGUGAGUAAAUCAUUAGAAAAUUUUCUAUUAUCUGCCCUUUGAUUAGCCAGCAAAAAAAUUACUAAAUAGAAAAUGUUUUCGUAUAAACUAUAUUUUAAUACAAUCAUAAUAAUAAAUUUCAAACAGAUUGAGUUCGAAAAUAGAGUUUUAUAAAUAUUUUUUAUAUAUAUUUUUAAAAUAAAAUAAAUCUCUUUAGUUUCAAGCGAAUUUUUUUGUUCACUCACCAAACACAAGAGUAAAAAAAAAAGAUAGGCUCUGCCGAAAAAAUGAUAGAAGAAAACAGAAAAGAAAUAGAAUUCAGGAAAGAAAUGGAAAAAAAGAAAGAAAAAGAGAUAAAGAAAGAAAUUGAGAAAAUGGUAGAAAUAGAAAUGAAGAAAGAAAUUCAGAAAAUCGAAGAAAUGGGGAAAAGAAAAGAGGAAGAAAAUAAGAAAGAAGAAGAAAUUUUGAAAGAAAUUGAAAAGAGAAUAGAAAUUGAAAAGAGGAUAGAAAUAGAAAAGAAAAUAGAAACAGAAAUAAGGAUUGAGAUGGAAAAGAGGAUGGAAAUGGAAAAAAAGAUGGAAAUGGAAAAAAGAGCAGAAAUGGAAAAGAUAAGAGAAAUAGAAAUUAGAGCAGAAAUCGAAAAGAGGAUGCAAAUGGAAAAAACGGCUGAAAUGGAAAGGAUAGAAGCAGAAAUAAGGACUGAGAUGGAAAAAAGGAUAGAAAUGGAUAGAAAAGUGGAAAUGGAGAAAAGAGUAGAUAUAGAAAAGAAAAUAGAAAUGGAAAUAAGAGCAGAAAUAGAAAAAAAGAUGGAAAUGGAAAAAAAGAUCGAAAUGGGAAGAAUAGAAACAGAAAUAAGAGAAGAAAUGGAAAAGAGGAUGGAAAUGGAAAAGAUGAUGGCAAUAGAAAAGAGCACAGAAAUGGAAAAGAAAAUAGAAAUGGAAAUCAGGGCUGAGAUCGAAAAGAAAAUGGAAAUUGAGAAAACAAUUGAAAUGGAAAAAGUCGAAACAGAAAUAAGGACUGAAAUGGAAAAGAGGAUAGAAGUGGAAAAGAUGAUGGAAACAGAGAAAAGAAUAGAAAUGGAAAAGAAAAUAGAAAUAGAAAUUAGAGCAGAAAUAGAAAAGAAAAUGGAAAUUGAAAAAAAGAUUGAAAUGGAAAGAAUUGAAACAGAAAUAAGGGGAGAAAUGGAAAAGAGGAUAGAAAUGGAAAAAAAGAUUGAAGCAGAAAAGAGGAUAGAAAUGGAAAAGAAAAUAGAAAUGGAAAUUAGGGCAGAAAUAGAAAAGAAGAUGGAAAUAGAAAAAAAGAUUGAAACUGAGAAGAGGAUAGAAAUGGAAAAGAGGAUUGAAAUGGAAAUUAGGACAGAAAUGGAAAAGAGAAUAGAAGCAGAAAAAAAAAUAGAAAUGGAAAAGAGGAUAGAAAUGGAAAAAAAAGCGGAAAUGGACAAAAAGAAGAACCUAAAAAACAGUGAAGUAAAGGAAAUAUUCAGCAAGUAUGCAGAUUCAGCUAACAAACUCUCAAUAAUAAGAGAAACAGCUAGCGAAGAAGCUUUUGAUGAAGAUUCAUGGAGAGCUGAAAAAAGAAGCUUCCUUCAACAAUUACAAAUGAGAAUCAACCAAAUUGUUGAAUUGGAGCUUGCAGUGGAGGCAGCAAAGGCAGAAACACUUAGUUUGGAAAAUCUGCUUACCCUCUCCAGUGAUAAAACUACUCCUAAUACAAAGAAAUAAUAUAAAUUUUUAAGAGUCCCUUUAAAGGCUGGAUAUAUUUAUGGAGUGUUUAGAUAGAGUUGUUUAAUAAAAAUUUUUGGACAUUAGGAUAUCUUCUCUAAAAAAAGGUCUAUCAAACGUCUUAUAAGGAAAAAAUUUCGGCCAAAUGCUUCUGAGGAAUAUCACACUACCAAAAUGCUCAGUAUAUAAAGCAUAAACCGCUGAUUAUUAAGAAGGAUUUAGCAGCGGCCAAAGGGAAGAAAGACAGAAAAAUAUAAUUUUAGAGAGGCAGCUUGAGCAGUUAACUCUAAUGUUUCAUCAAUUAAUGAGAGAAAAAGCUCACUUUUCUUUAGAAAGUAACAUAAAAGAAAGAAAAAUGCACAGGCUUUCUGAGAAAAACAAAGACCUUGAGCAUAAACUAGAAAAUUUGAAAGAAUCGCUUAAGCAAGCUGAUAUUCAAAUCAAAGCUCUCCAAGAAGAACUAGAAAACUAUCAAAAUAAUGUAAGAAGCACUAUGGGAGGAUUCGGAAUCCUAUCAUCCAACCCAAAAAUCAGAAAAAUCGUCAAAGGAGGAAGUAAUAACUUUUUGACUGUUAUUUCUGAACAACCCAGGACACUAUCUUUAGCUGUAAAUCCAUAUUCAUUUAAUAAAUAA